CCCGCGCAUUCCUACGCAUGAGGGAACGCAUUGAAUGCUGGCCCCUUGCGUUCACUACGUUUAGCUAGUGACACCUGAUCCCAUCCAGGCACAAGCGCUCCAUAGCUUUGAUUUCGGGCGUACCCCCAACAAGCUGCCCAUGAGAUGAACAAUCUAAUAGCGCCACAGCGGCCCCAUCAGGACAUGCAGAACGUCAUCCCAAACCCACCAUACUCGCAGAGCGAUACACAAAGAUUACCCCUCAUAAGGAGGGGGCUUUGCAUAUCGCUCGUCCCUCAGAUGCAUGGCCUCCUAGAAGAGCGGUCCAUUCAUGUGCGUCAUCAUACUGUUAGGGUAAGGAUCUCCACGAGUAAGCAGAGUCAACAAAGAGAGACUUAUCAGAGACAUGGAAAGGGAAGCGGGGCAGCUUAGAAAGAUCUGAGCCGAUCUGAUGCACGACGUCAGCUGCAUUCUGGCAUGGGCCUUGAAACCGAGAUUCUCCGAGGGACAGCCAAUGGACUACAAGCC